AUGGCUGUAGAGAAGCCUAGCUCUGCGCACCAGCAGCCACCAGCCCAGCGCCGCAAACGGAUUGUUGUCGCGAUGACCGGAGCGACUGGAGCAAUCCUCGGAAUUAAGGCCUUGAUUGCCUUGCGUCGCUUGAAUGUCGAAACUCAUUUGGUUAUGAGCAAGUGGGCCGAGGCGACUAUCAAAUACGAGACGGACUAUCACCCGUCGAAUGUCAAAGCUCUAGCCGACCAUGUUCACUCCAUUAAUGACAUGGCCGCUCCAAUCUCCAGUGGCUCAUUCAAGGCCGACGGCAUGAUUGUAGUCCCUUGCAGCAUGAAGUCAUUGGCUGCCAUCCACAGCGGGUUCUGUGAUGAUCUGAUCUCCCGCACCGCCGAUGUUAUGCUCAAGGAGCGACGACGACUAGUACUAGUCGCCCGCGAAACGCCGCUGAGCGAUAUUCAUCUGCGCAAUAUGCUCGAGGUGUCCCGCGCAGGGGCCAUUAUCUUCCCGCCCGUCCCAGCAUACUAUAUCCGAGCUGCCUCGGUGGAUGAGCUGGUCGACCAAAGUGUAGGGCGCAUGCUGGACCUCUUCGACCUAGACACGGGGGACUUUGAGCGCUGGGAAGGUUGGCAACAGGCCGAGCGUUGA